AUGGCGCCGCUCUUGGGAUCAUCAUGGUCCUCGACCUGGGGCUCGCUCUCUGGCUAUAGCCAAGUGCAGAAUGCCGAAUCAAACAGCCCCGCCGCCGACCCUGACUUGGACCUCAAGCCAAGCCUGCGACAGAUCCUGACCUCGAAACGCGUGCGCCUCUCGGCCACCGCCCUCGCCGUCCUCGCCCUCUUCUUCCUCGCCUUCCGCAACUACGACCGGCUGCCGUCUAUAGACUACUUGCGAGGCGGAGGUGUGAAUAUUGGUGUAGAUGCCGGUGCCGGUGCCGAGUCCAAGACGGAUGGCGCGCCCGCCGUUGUGCCCACGUUCGAAGACGCCCAGAUCAACUGGUCGCGAUACGCAUACACACAAUAUGUCACCAAUGCCGCAUACCUCUGCAACUCGGUCAUGAUCUUCGAGACCCUGUUCCGCCUGAAGAGCAAGGCAGACCGCGUCAUGAUGUAUCCCGCGACUAUGAUGGACCCGGCCGAGACAAAUCCAACAGGCGAAGACGCAAGACUGCUGGUCAAGGCCCGCGACGUGUACAAGGUCAAGCUCGUGCCCGUCUCGGUGCAAAGCAAGGCUGGCGCCGAUGCUACAUGGGCCGAAUCCUUCACCAAGCUUCUUGCUUUCAACCAGACCCAGUACGAUCGCGUCUUGAACGUCGACUCCGACGCCACCAUACUCCAGCCAAUGGACGAGCUCUUCCUCCUGCCACCCUCUCCCGUUGCCAUGCCUCGCGCGUACUGGCUUCUUCCCGACGAGAAGACCCUGUCAUCCCAGUUGAUGCUGGUGCAGCCCAGCGAGGUUGAAUUCAAUCGAAUUAUGCGCAAGAUAGAAUCCGCUGAUUUGUCCGACUAUGACAUGGAAAUCGUGAACCAGCUCUACGCAGACACGGCCAUGAUCCUACCGCACCGUCCAUACGAUCUGUUGACAGGCGAGUUUCGUGGCGACGACCAUCAGAACUACUUAGGCACUGAUCGCGAGGAGUGGGAUCCGGUCGCUGUUUACAACGAGGCCAAAUAUCUACACUUCUCGGACUGGCCCGUACCGAAACCUUGGAUCUCCAUGACCGAGUCAUUGCGCGAGGACAAGCAACCGCCAUGCAUCACCAGCGGCGGUCAGGAAGACUGUUCGGCCAGAGAGUUGUGGAACGGAUUUUAUACAGACUUUUCGCAAAGGCGGUCGGGCGAGACUGUGAAGCAGCGCGUCACAGCUCCCUAUACGGCUAUGAGCAUGAUCAAGAGAUACGUAUAG